CAAAUCAUCCAUGGCUUCCCUAUUUCAUACGCAACCACUCCAUCAUGACAUUGAUGGAUCUUUACUACAGUCGCUUUCGUUGAAUGAUAACAACAAUCAACAGCAGUCAAUACUUACCCACUAUGAUGUAGAGGAUGAUCGAAUGGAUAUAGACGAUACUGAGGAUAUAACUAUGUUGGAUACUACGAUUCAAGAACGAUCAGAAGUAAUACCAGAGCAUGUAGAACCAAAAGACCAACAUGAUGAUGAAGUAGAAGAAGAAGAAGAAGAAGAAGAAGAUACCAGUUUUAUAUCUUCAUUACUAUCACCAACUAUGUUAGGCGCGAAACUUGCUGUAAAACCACAACUACUAUUAAUGGCGCCACCAGGUUCUUCUCCAACAGAAACUAAACUGGAAACAGUCGAUUACGAAUUCAAUACUAGUCAAAUGACUAAAGUGGAUAAACCGGAUCUUUUUGGUAAUAGUGCUAGUACAAGCGCGAUAGGCCGAAAUAUCAGCUCAUAUUCUCCUGUUUCUGAUAUAAACACAUUUUUAGCUAAGGGAGACACUUCAGGUCAUUUUAACAAUCCCAGCCAUUCCACGUUUUACAAUAAUGGUAUGAAUCAAUCAUAUAUGAUGAGAAAAACAUUCUCCAGUCCAACUCCAACUACUGUUCAUUUACAUAAUCAUUACUAUUUCAAUCCGCCCAAACCGGCUAACCACGAGACACAUCAACUGUCACUAGAGAAAUUGACUCACCAGCAACACCAGUUACAACUACAACAAGCACAUCCCCAUAAACUAGCCCUUCCAGUUCCUUGGAAAUCCAACAUUUCUCCUCUGGAACGUAUCCCAUAUAUGUUAUCGUCCUACCUACAACUUCUUCUCAACUUCCUUGCAUCAUUGUACUUGAUCCACUUAAUUCGAGGACUUACACUUUCCAUCAAGAGAGAUAUAACAUACCGGUUAAAUCAACAAUCAACAACAAUCCUCACCUCAAUAGAAACCUGCAGACGAGCAUACAUUGAAAAUAGAUGCCAUCCAGACACUAUUGUCCCACUUCUCGAAAAGAAAUGUGCCAUGUAUGAGCGAUGUAUGAAUCAGGACCCAUUCAAUGGUGGUGGAAACUUGUCUAAAAUUACCGCAGAGACUGUGGCCAUGGUUGCUAAUUCCUUGAUUGAGCCGCUUGGGAUAAAGUUCUUCUUGAUGAUGGUUGGGUUUAUUGUAGUUGUAUUUGGGUGCAACUUUUCAUUUGGGUAUAUUAGAGCAAAGACUUAUUAUGGGUGGAAUAACUAUGGGGAACAGAAACACAAAACUAAUUAGAUUUGUAUAGAACAUAAAUAUUUAAGUACAAUUAUAGUUGAAUAGAAAACUUAUUCAAGGGUUCUUC